CAAAAUCAGCGAGUGGCGAGGAACUGCACUUGUGUCAGACAAUCUGGCGGAACUCUCAGUCAUAUUUGUUAUAGACUAAAACAGCAACCGUGCCCCGACGCGCACCCACCCCGAGCGGAGCCGUCAUGUGGCAGGAGGCUCGCAAACAUGAACGCAAGCUACGCGGUAUGAUGGUGGACUACAAACGCCGCGGGGAACGCCGGCGAGAGUAUUACGAGAAAAUAAAAAAGGACCCGGCUCAGUUCCUGCAGGUCCAUGGACGAGCCUAUAAGAUCCAUCUGGACCCAGCUGUGGCGUUGGCAGCAGAGAGUCCCAUCAACAUGAUGCCAUGGCAGGGCGAUACCAAUAACAUGAUUGACAGAUUCGACGUCAGAGCACACUUGGACUACAUACCCACCUACACCCCUCCUCUCCUAAACACAGUCACGCCAGAGCAAGAGUCAGAGGAAAGGAAAUGCAACUAUGAACGCUAUAGGGGUCUGGUGCAGAACGACUUUGCCAACAUCUCAGAGGAGCAAUGUUUGUACCAGAUCUAUGUGGACGAGCUCUACGGUGGCCUGCAGAGGCCAAAUGAGGAUGAAAAGAAAAAGCUUGCUGAAAAGAGGGCCAACAUUGGAUACACAUAUGAGGACAGCACAGUGACAGAGCAAGGCACCCAGUCAGAUAAAGGCGAUGACGAUGACUCUGAGAACAGCGAGUCAGAGGAGGACGAGGGAAUCCCUGACAUUGAUGUUGAGGUUGAUGUAGAUGAACUGAACUCGGAGCAGGUGAUGGAGCUGAAUAAGAUGGCGACUCCAUAUGGCAUGGCGGACGGAGACUUUGUCAGGAUGUUGAGGAAGGACAAGGAGGAAGUGGAGGCCAUAAAGCAUGCCAAAGCCCUGGAGGCAGAGAAGGCCAUGUAUUCGGGCCGACGGUCACGCAGACAGAGAAGAGAGUUUCGUGAGAAGAGACUUAAAGGUCGACAGAUCAGCCCACCCAGCUAUGCCAGGAGAGACAGCCCGACCUAUGAUCCUUACAAACGGCCACAGUCAGAAUCCAGCUCAGAGUCGCGGUCUCGCUCCCGUUCCCCAGGCAACGAUAAGAUCACCUUCAUCACGAGUUUUGGAGGCAGCGACGACGAGGGCACAGCGCCUACUCAGGCCACGCCCACGACUCACUCAAGCCACUCCUCCAGCAACUGGCAGCAGCAUCCUGCAGGUCAUAGCAGGGGCUCCCGCAGGAGGCGCUCUUCCACAUCCAGCCCAUCUUCCUCAUCCUCACGCUCUUCCACCCGGCGCUCAUCCAGGUCCUCCUCACGUUCACGUCACGGGCGCAGACGUGGAGGUAGGGACGGACGAUAUUCUCGAUCCCGGUCUCGGUCACGACGGCGUUCCGAUUCCCGCUCGCGGCAGCGUGGAGGAGGGGGCAGCUCGAGAAGGAGAUAUGACCGCACGCACUCUCGCUCAACAGACAGAGACAGAGACAGGGACAGGGGUCGACGCUACACAGCACGUAGACGCACCAGGUCUCGCACUCGUUCGCGCUCGGCUGAUCGUUCGCGGCGUGGGGGGCGGAGUUCAGGCCAUCGCAGGGGGAGCAGCAACAGCCGGAGCCCCUCCCAGUCACGACCGCAGAGCCGUAGCCCCUCCCCUACAACCCGAUCUGCCCAGCCCCCCACCAUGGCUCUCUGUGACAAGCUGAGAAAGGCUGAGACUCCGGGUGGUAAAGAGACGGGAGCUGCCAAACCCAAGAUGACCCCUCAGGAGAAGCUAAAACUGCGCAUGCAGAAGGCACUCAACAAGCAGUCCAAGGCGGAUAAAAAAGCAGCACAGGUGAAAAUCCAGCAGCAAGAGCACAAACGACAGGAACGAGAAGGAGAGUUAAGAGCCAUGGCCCGCAAGAUCCGUAUGAAGGAGCGGGAAAGGCGUGAGAAAGAAAGGGAUGAGUGGGAGAGGCAGUAUGGAAGACAAAGCCACUCCCCCUCCCCCAACUCCAAAUACAGUAGGGAUUACAGCUCAUCCAGAAGGAGGUCGAGGUCGAGGUCACGAAGUCCAUACUACCGCUACUGAGGUGACCUGUCACCUGUCCUCUUGAAUGGGAGACAGCAGAGGGUGGAGGAAGAAAGAGCGAGUGGGGAAACAAAGGAGAGUAUGGAACAGGGAUGAAAGGAUUGUCAGAGAGGGUGGAAAUGACAGAGGAUUGUUGAGAGCUUCAGACGUCUGUAUGUUUCCCCUCAUACCUGCUGUCCCCUCACAUGUGAAAGGUUAAAUUAGAGUUCUUAUGACGCACAGGUGAAGAUUUGAGCAUUGUUUCGCUGAACAGGGGGUUUGUGUGCCUGCUUGGGAAAACUAGACUUGUA